AUGUCCGCCGCCAGCGUGAGCCCCAUCCCCAUCACCACCAUCUCCGAGCUGAAGCAGCACCACUCGCAGCUCGUCCGCCUCGGCCUCGCCUCCCACCCCGCCCACGCGCGCCGCCUCCUCGCCUUCCUCGCGCGCGACCCCGACCGCCUCCCCUACGCCGCGCGCCUCCUCGCGCACCACCCGGACCCGCACCCGGCGCUCUUCAACCCGCUCUUCGCCUCCCUCCCGCCGCGCCACGCGGCGGCCCUCCUCGCCCUCAUGCUCUCCCUGCCCCUGCACCCCGACCACUUCACCCUGCCGCAGCUCCUCCCCGCCGCGCCGCUCCCGCUCGCCGCCCAGCUCCACGCGCUGCUCCUCAAGCUCAACUUCCACUCCCACGCGCACUCCUUCAACGCGCUCCUCGCCGCCUACCUCGCCAACGGCCGCGCGGAUCUCGCAUCCCGCCUCUUCGGCGACAGCUCCCUCUCGCCAUCCCUCGACGUCGUGUCAUGGACUACCAUGGUGGGCGGUCUAUGCAGGCUGGGCCUCGUGGACGACGCGCGGGAGCUGUUCGACGCAAUGCCUGAGAGGAAUCUAGUUUCCUGGAACUCGAUGAUCACGGGUUACAUCAAGGCCGGGCGGUUCUUGGAAGCCCUGGAGGUGUUUGACCAUAUGCGUGCCCUCGGGUUAGAGGGGAAUGGGUUUGUCGCCACGAGCGCGGUGGUGGCGUGCACUGGGGCUGGUGCGCUGGCCCGCGGGAGGGAGGUGCACCGGUGGGUGGAGCAGAGCGGAAUACAGAUGGACGAGAAGCUAGCCACAGCGGUGGUCGACAUGUACUGCAAGUGCGGGUCUGUUGAGGAGGCGUGGCGUCUGUUCCAAGCGCUGCCGACGAAGGGGCUCACGUCGUGGAACUGUAUGAUCGGUGGAUUAGCGGUGCACGGGAGGUGCAAGGACGCCAUUGAGCUGUUCCACCAGAUGGAGAGGGAGAACGUGGCGCCGGACGAUGUCACGCUGGUGAAUCUGCUCACCGCCUGCGCGCACACCGGGAUGGUCAGCGAGGGUCGCCACUAUUACAACUACAUUGUGCAGAGAUACGGCAUCGUGCCCAAGAUGGAGCAUUAUGGCUGUAUGGUCAACCUGUUCGGGAGGGCCGGGCUGCUGGACGAAGCCAAGAAGGUGAUCGACGACAUGCCAAUGGAGCCAGACAUUGGUGUCCUUGGAGCACUUUUCGGAGCAUGCAAGAUUCACAGGGACGUUGAUUUAGGUGAGGCAAUCGGAUGGCGUGUGAUUGAUCUUGAGCCCAAGAACAGUGGACGGUACGUGCUGCUGGCCAACCUCCUGGCCAGUGCUGGCCGGUGGGCUGAUGUGGCAAAGGUCCGUCAGUUGAUGGACAAGAGAAAUGUGAGCAAGGAGGCAGGGCGGUCCACAAUCGAAAUCGAGGGCAAAGUCUGCGAGUUCCAGUGCGGGAGCCUGUGCCAUCCCCAGGAGAAGGACAUAUUCGCCAUGGCCAAGGACAUGAUAAGGAAGAUCAGGCUAGAGGGCUACGUGGCGGACACAAGCGACGUCCUGCACGACAUCACAGAUGAAGUGAAAGAAACAUCGCUCCUCUACCACAGUGAGAAGCUGGCCAUAGCCUUUGGGCUGCUGUGCACGAGGCCUGGGGACACGAUGCGCAUCACAAAGAACCUGCGAGUUUGUCGAGACUGCCAUGAGGCGACAAAGUUCAUAUCUCGCGCAUUUGAGCGUGAGAUCAUAGUGAGGGACAGGAACCGGUUCCAUCAUUUUAGGGAUGGUAUGUGUUCGUGUAAAGAUUAUUGGUAAGUAGACUAGAUGCUGAAACUAUCGGGCUGGAAGUAGAUACAUAUGCUCCUCCCUCAAAGUCAUUUGCACUGAGACCAUCUCAAAGAAAACUGAACAAAACACCUUGAACUUCUAAUGACAUGUCUGACGGGGUUGGCGCCUGCGACUAAAAGGAUGCAUGAGAGAAAUAUUCCCAUGAGAGACAAUUGGUGCAAAAGUAGUCUGGACUUGCACUCAGACAAAAGGAGCCAAAGAAAGAGCCCUGAAUGGGCCAAUUGACAGGUAUGCAUCCUCACCGAAUCAACAUUUGUGUGCAAAUACUCAUUUCGGUUCUAUCAGAUUUGUCGUCGUGGGAAGCUCUCACAACUUUGAGUACCAAUAUCAUUAGAUUAUUA